AUGCUCGCCGUCGCGUAUAGCGUAGUCGCGACGAGGGAGAAGCAGAAGGGGCCGACUACUUACCCCUUUCCGCGUGAGAGCUUCAAGAGCAAGAAGAAACCGCCAGCUCCCUGCCGCGCUUGUGGCAGUCCAUUCCACUGGAACCGGGAUUGUCCGCGAUGGGGCGAUUACCAGAAGCAGAACCCGGCGGGCUACCUGGCAGACGCCGAGGACAUGGACGCCGACCGCGCGUACAAUGUCGCGUACUACCUCUGCGACCAGGGUUUUGAAUGGGCAGCUCCUAGCCUCCCCGGACGAGAGGGAGCGGAGGAGCGUAAGCCCCAGGAUGGUGAACGCCUCGAGGAAGAGCAGAGCGGAGUACUCGGGACGUCGCACGAGGAGCAGGUCCAAGAGGCAGUCGCGUACGUGGUCCAGGCGAAGAGCUUCGUGGCGAGCAUCGAGGAGAUUGAGGACGAUUAUUGGUACGAGGGCGAGCUGUUGCCAGCGGAUUCCCCGCACAUCCUGGAAAGCAUCUACGAGGAAGGAGGCGUCGAAGACGAGAGGACGGGCGCUGUGCGAGAAGAGAGUUGUGCAGUGGCUUGGGGCGAGGGCGACCUGGCACCCACGAACGAGCCGCCCGAGCACAUCAUCGCCCUUCCCAAGCCGUACGAGCCGCCGAAGUUGAAACUACGCCCUCGUCCACGAAAAGGUCCACUGGUCACGAUGGACACGUCGGUGCUGAGCGUUCGGGGAUGGGUCGGCUCGGAGCACGAGCCUGAGACGGACUUGAGGUUUGACUCGGGAGCGAGCAAGACAUUCGUGAGCGGCGACCAUUACGAUUCGCUGAAGCAGACCUACAAGCUCUCGAAAGGCGGGAAGAUGCGACUAUGGCAGCUCACGGAAAAGUCCGCCCAGAUCCGAGGACACUCGGUAGUGCCGAUCCUGACGAGGUUGGACGAUGGCUCGCUAGUGGAGAUGGAGGCCGGCGCCUACAUUGUCGAGGGCAUGACAGUGCCGGUGCUGCUCGGGGAGGACUUCCACCAGGCGUACGAAAUCACCGUCAAGCGCAGCAUUGAAGGAGGAACGGUCCUUUCGUUCGGCGAGCAACCGACGCACAGCUACUUGAAGAAGGCGGCUCGCGCUCGCUGGAAGGAAGCGUUCCAAGCUCGUAAGAAGCGCAUCCAGGAAGGAGAUCGUACGGUGCGGGCAGCCAAGGAGAUGAUCAUCAAGCCUGAAUCAGUCGCUCGAGUGCCGGUGUGCGGACCGUUUGAAGGCGAGGAAGAAUGGGUCGUCGAGAAGGAGCUCAUCUCCUCGAACCACGACAAGCCGUUCGUCGUCCCCAACACAAUCAUCUCUGCUAAGGCGCCCUUCGUGCCGGUCGCCAACACCGCCACUACUCCCCGCUUCAUCCGAGAGGGCGAAGCGUUGGGAAAGGCGAGUCUGGCCGAGGAUUUCUUCGACCAUCCAAAGGAUGAAGCCAAUCACCAGGAGAUGCGGGAGCAUGCUGCGUUUGUGGAUUCACUCUGCCACGCGGCCGAGAAGGCGAGCGAAGCAGGCCCUCGAAGCUCCAGCACGCCC